CUUGUGUAUAUUGCACAGUUCGUCCAUCAACGAAUAGAAGUCGUGUGCGCAGGCCGCCUGGUCCCAUUACUUGCUUGAGCGUGGCUGAGUGAGCCGACUUUUGUCAACAUCUGGAUUUCGCGAAUUUUUAUUCGUCUGGCUGGUGAGAGACUUCGGCCGUGGCUAGUUACCACCCUACGUACCGCUAAGCGAUUUAGCGUUCCGGAACGACGCCGUGUAGAAAUCGAAAGGGGUGUAGAUUUUCAUACUCCUCCUAACAAGUUAGCCCGCUUCGAUCUUAGACUGCAUCAUCACUUACCAUCAGAUAUAAAAUAAAAUGACAACGGCGAGCGUUUUGCUCACGGUGAGCACAACGUGGGGCGCGAACAACGACAUCUGCGAGAAGGAUGACAGAGUCAGCAAAUCCCUCAGAAAUAUAGCAGCAGUGGCCGCCAGGGAACUGCGCGAAACACCAUCCACUAGAGACCAGGCUCUACUGAUCAUGAGAGACUGGAUUGAACAGAACAGUGACAUCAAAAACGUUAGAACAGAUGAAUCGUUCCUACUACGAUUCCUUCGGCACAAGAAAUACAGCAUACCGAUGGCACAGCAGACUCUGCUCAAGUACUUAAACUUGAGGAAGUACUAUCCUGGGGUUUUUACAAAUUUAGAUUGUGAAGAUCCCACACUUAAGGAGAUUAUAAGCAACGGGUACAUAGCGGUUUCGCCGCUCCGCGACAGCAAGGGUCGCCGGGUCAUCGUUUACAACAUGGGUAAAUUCGAUGCGACCAAGUUCAACUGCUGGGAUAUGUGCCGUGCCCAUAUGAUCGUUUAUGAGGCUCUCAUGGAAGACUCCACGGAUCAGAUCUUCGGGUUCACACACGUUGGGGACGGUAGCGGAUCUACUACUGCUCACGUCACAUCCUGGAAUCCUAUUGACUUUGCGCGUCUCUUGAAAUGGGGAGAGCAAUCGAUGCCAAUGCGCCACAAAGAACUCCAAUUGGUCAACGUGCCAGCUGCUCUGAAAUACAUUAUCGACUUCGCUACGAGUAAAGUGUCCAAUAAGAUAAGCGAAAGACUGAAUAUUCAUACAAACAUGAAGAAUCUCAAAAACAACGUGGAUGUCUCAUGCCUGCCUACAUCCUACGGAGGCCAUAUACCUUUGCAAGACAUGAUUAAAUACACAGAAGAUUUGCUGGCGGAGAAAAGAAAAAUUAUAUUGGCCCUUGACGAUAUGGAAAUCUUAAGCACCAAAGGAAUCAUAUCCACAAGAAAACCCGGCAACGCAUUGAAAGGAGAUAAUGUAUCAGUAGAGGGUAGUUUUAGAAAAUUAGAAAUAGAUUAAACUGUGAUCGUCUAACAACAUAAAAUUGUAAGGCAUAAGUGGUUAUUUUUCUAAAUAUAGGUACGCACUUGGUUAAUAAUUUUAAACCUUUUCAGGCGAAAUCCUCUUUGACAAUGUAACUGAUGAGCGUUUAAAAAUAGCAUUACUCAACUAUUUAUAUCUGGCAACCCCUCAGUUGCUGUGUGACAGCAGGCAACCUUUAUGCCUAGUUCGGAGUAUUUUAGUCGAGUACGAACAAUUUUUGGACGGCAAAUCCAAAAAUCGUUCGUAGUCGACUAAAAUACUAAAGCAACCGCUCAGUUGCAGAGUGACAGCAGGCAACCUUUAUGCCUAGUUCAGACUACUUUAGUAUUUUGGUCGAGUACGAACGACUUUUGGAGGGCAAAUUCAAAAAUCGUUCGUACUCGUACUCGACUAAAAUACUAAAGUAGUCCGAACUAGGCAUAAUCAUUACAUAAGUAAUUAUUUUGGGUAUAUUCUAAUAGUUCGUGUACGAUUUUUUCAAUUAACCAAUAAAAUGUAAACAGAAAAUCAUUAUCCGGUAGCAAUUGCGGUAUCAAUGUUAAUAUUUUCAACACACAAAUAUUUUCAAUAAAAAACGGAUGAGGGUUUAUAUUUCUUAUAUGUCAUACUAAAUCUCUAUGAAUCUUAAUUAAUAAUGUUGUUAUAUAUGACAUUAUCUCUUAUGGCAAUAAAUGUAGAAUUAUUGGGGAAAAGUGCAUAAUUUGCACAAAUGUAGAAUAAUAUGUAGAAUUAUAUUAGUAAAAGUGAUUCAAAAUAAUACUUUUAAAUAUAUUUUUGUGUGGUAGUAUAUUAUUUUGAUAUACACAUUUGCUCGUAUUUUCGCACAAUUUCAAUAUCGUAAUGUAUCUCAUUAUGCACAUGUGCCGUAAUGUAACAUAAAACCUUUAUCAUCCGUCUAAAAGAGCUGUACUUUUUUUAAUCUUGGCAGGGUUUUUAUGCCAGAAAAGUGCUCAACAUUUUAUGAAUAAAAAUAACUCGAGAUAAAAACA